AUGGCUCACUACUCCAAGGCCCCCAACAACGGCACCUACCCAUCUUCACCGGCAAGAAGUAUGAAGACACUGUUCCAUCUAUCUACCCAGGUCAUGCAAGUCCCCAACGUCACCCAUCAAGAGUACCAGCUCGCCAGUCUUGAUGAGGAUGGCGUCCUCGUCUUGGAGCACGGCGCUGAAGGUGCGCCCAAGCACGUCAAAUUGCCCCCAGGCAAGCUUGGCCAGCAAAUCACCUCCAACUUCCACAUGGACAAGAGCAUCGUUGUCGCUGUGCUUGGUGCUAUGGGAGGGGAGCAAGUCGUGUCUCAGAAGGUCACUUGA